CUCAUGUGUUUCCCGAACGCCGUUUGUUUGUAAACAAACAUGUCUCUCUCCUCCUCCUCUUCUUCGCCAACUUACUCUUUGAAAGUCCUUUACGAUGGAUAUUCACGGAUGGAGAAGGGGUCCAUGAGGGCCAACUGCACAUGCACGCUGAUCAAAGGACCAAAUAAUAUGAUUAUUGACACAAUGACAGCUUGGGAUAGAGAGAAAAUUGUCUCGGCUCUUGCAGACAAUGAUGUGAAGUGUGAUGACAUCCAUUAUGCAAUAGGAACGCAUGGCCAUUCGGACCACCUUGGCAACCUGAACUUGUUCACGAAAGCCAAACAUAUCGUAGGUUACACAGUGUCCUUUGGGGAUAUCUUCUUCAUACACCCUUUUGAGACAGGAGAACCAUUCAAAAUUGAUGACAGUCUUCAGGUUAUCCCGACCCCUGGCCAUACCUCCGCAGAUGUAAGCGUGGUUGUCAAGACGACGGAAUUUGGCACAGUUGUUGUUGCAGGAGACCUCUUUGAACGUGAAGAUGACGUAGAGGACCCAUCACUUUGGAAAUACGUAGCAGGGAGUGAGAACAUGGAGUCUCAGGAGAAACACCGUAAUGAAGUGCUUCUUAUGGCAGACUAUAUUGUGCCAGGUCAUGGACCGAUGUUCAAGGUCACACAGGCUAUGAAGGAUGUGGUGAAAAAUAGCCUAGAGAAUAGGUAAUACCUCUUAAGUUCACUGGGAGGACGGGCCGAGUCGAAAAUCCAUCCCUGAAUACAGGUGAUUGUUUAUUGGAAUAAAUUUGUAAAGAUAUAGUUGGCUGUUAAUAGUCUCCUUUUGUUACAUCUUGAAAUAUUAAUAAAUAUAUUUGUCUGUGUA